AUGGAGUUCGCUAAUUUGGUACAGGGAGCUAUGACAGUACAUCAGUACGCAGCUAGAUUUAUCGAGUUAUCACGUUUUGCUGCAUAUUUGAUCUCUAAUGAGGAGAAGAAGGCUCAUAAGUUUGAACAUGGGCUGAAUGAAAAGGUUUACGAACGAAUUGUGGGCUUUCAAAUUCGGAACUUUUCAGAGUUGGUGAAUAAGGCCACAGUGUUUGAGCGGAGCCUUCAAAGGAGUGCAGCACUACUGGAACAGAGGAAGAAGACUGUGCCACAGGGGUCUCAAUCUGCAAUGGAUCAAGGGCUGUGGAAAAGGAGAAAUAAUGGGAGCAGCUCAGGGCAAAAGCAAAUGCAGGGAAAUCAAUCGAACAACCUCUGUAAGUUUUGUAGUCGUGCACAUACUGGAGAGUGUAGAAGGGAAACGGGGGCGCGCUUUCGAUGCGGUAAGACCGGACAUUUUAUCAGGGAAUGCCCUUUGCGGCUAACAGACAACAAGGAUCCUAAUCCACAUCCAAGUUUCCAACAAGCGAAUCAGGGAAAUAAUCAAUGUAGAAUGGGACCGGCCCGAGUGUUUGCACUGACAUCUGAAGAUGCUGAGAACGGCAACAAUGAGAUCACUGGUACCUCACUCUAUUUCUCCUUGAAAUCUUUGUAA